AUCCGCCGUCUCAGCGCCAAGAUCCAUUGGGAGCCGGCUCACGAGCCACUCCAUUCCGACAUCGACACGAAGAAAACCUGCGGAAUCGGACCUGGAAUGGCUUUCGCUAACACGGUGAGGAACCUCGUGGGGCCGGAUGUGGAGAUCGGACUGGUUCCUUGCGCGGUCGGCGGCACGGCCAUCAAGGAGUGGGCGCGUGGUGAGCACUUGUAUGAGAACAUGGUGAAGAGAGCUAGAGAAAGCGUGAAGGACGGUAGAGGUGAGAUCACGGCGUUGCUGUGGUAUCAAGGAGAGAGCGACACGUCGCACCUGCACGAUGCCGAGGCGUACCAGGGGAAAAUGGAGAAGCUGAUACACGAUGUCCGUCGUGAUCUUUGCCUGCCUUCUCUCCCAAUCAUUCAGGUAGCAUUGGCAUCGGGAGAUGAGAGGUACUUGGAGAAAGUAAGAGAAGCACAGAAAGCAAUUAAAAUAGGAAACGUAGAAUGCGUAGAUGCACGGGGAUUGCAGCUUAAGGAAGAUAAGCUUCAUUUAACCACAGAGGCCCAGGUUCGGCUGGGCCGAAUGUUAGCUCAUGCAUACCUUUCCUCUUUCCUUCACUCCGCCUACUAGUUUCCUAAAUCAAUUGCUUUACAUUUUUGAAUAUUUCUAUUUUUAUUUCAUUAUAAUUUUCUCCUGCGGAGCGUUGAAUUAUUAAUGUACGUGUGAAUUUAU